AUGGCCCACACGCGGAAGGGCAGCAAAAAGGGUCAUCCUGUGGACCAUCUAUCACCACAAGUUCCCCGAAACAAUUAUUUGAACCUUCAGGAAGAGAAACAAAGACUACAGCUGAAGAAAUUCCUCCUUGAUAGGAUGUUUCUAGUCGCCAGCAUACAAGAAAACGUGGAGAAAAAAGCAAUUGGUGAAUAUUACGAACAACUAUUCCAGACAAUUUUAAAAAACCACUUAGGAGAAGGAGUAACAGGAUUGUUGCUCAUUUACCCGACUUCCAUUCUGCAUAUCCUGGAGAGCUCUAAUGGUACACUUUUACAGAUUCUCUCAGAUUAUGUAACCCAUGAGAAGGAUGAUGAAGAGUUCCUGUUCCAAAAUGUAAAAAUUGUUACGGUGUCUCAUGAUGUCCCAACAAGGAUUUUCCUGCACUGGCAUGUUUCCAUCAUAAAAGUGCCGGUGAUCUAUCUCGAUGACGUGACUCAGUCACUGUCCCUAAAUGAGGUUCUUACUGACUAUCUCACGCUGACUCAUAAACUUGGGGUCUUCCUCUUCAAGACGGUUAAAGUGGGUUCCAAAGGACCAGGUGAUACCUUACACAUAGUUGCUCCUGACCUACUUCCCCCAGAACAAAUCGUAAAGUAUUUGUGCCGAGCAGAAGAACUAAUGGAUCCAGCAACAUUCCUGAACAUGUAUAGUAAACCCAUCCAUAUCACAUUUGAUUCUGAGGUGGUAUGGCCUGCUCCUUCUCGUUUCUAA